GCAAGCUCAGCGUUCAGCGUGCGGUAUGGAGCCGCAUGUCGCAGAACUGAAGCAGAAGAUUGAGGACACCUUAUGUCCUUUUGGCUUCGAGGUUUACCCCUUCCAGGUGGGAUGGUACAAUGAACUCCUGCCUCCAGCCUUCCACUUGCCCUUCCCAGGACCUACUCUGGCCUUCCUGGUACUCAGCACACCUGCUAUGUUUGACAAAGCCCUCAAACCCUUCUUAAAGAGCUACCAGCCCCAACCGCUGAGAGACCCUGUGGAUCAGUGCGUGUCCUACCACCUGAGAAGUGUUACCGAG